AUGGGUUCUUCCGGGACUUUCGAGCUCGCUGGCCGACAGUUUCCUAGAGUGACAUGGUAUAAGGACCCUGGCAUGAGGAAAACGUACAUCUGCCUCAUGUUUGUCGUGUUGACGUCUGCAACAAAUGGUUAUGAUGGUUCGAUGAUGAAUGGUCUGCAGACCUUGCACUACUGGCAAGACUACUUCAACCAUCCUAGCGGUUCAAUUCUCGGCAUCUUGAGUGCGAUCAUGUCAUUGGGCUCGUUGGCAGCGCUGCCUGCAGUGCCCUAUACAGCCGACUAUCUUGGCCGACGCAUGGGAGUCCUCAUCGGCUGUCUCAUCAUGAUACUGGGGGUCGUCUUGCAGGCCGUCAGCGCUAACUAUGGCAUGUUCCUGGCAGCCCGGUUUUUGAUUGGGUUCGGAGUUGCCAUCGCGCAUGGAGCUUCGCCCCUGUUGAUCACGGAGCUUGUGCAUACCCAGCAUCGCGCCGUCUUUACCACAAUCUAUAAUACGACGUGGUAUGUUGGUGCUAUUAUCGCUGCUUGGCUUACCUUUGGCACCAAUAACAUCGAAAAUAACUGGUCCUGGCGGGCACCUACCAUGGUUCAGGCUGUGCCCUCUAUCCUGCAGCUUAUCUUCAUCUGGUUUGUUCCGGAGUCUCCGCGGUUCCUGAUUUAUAAGGGCAAACAUGAGCAGGCCCUGAAGGUCCUGGCGGACUGUCACGCGAACGGUAACCAAGAUGACGAAGUUGUUCAGCUGGAGAUGCACGAAAUCAAGGAAACUAUUCGGCUUGAGAAAGAGUACGAAAGCAACAGCUGGGUGGAGUUGAUCCGGACGAAGGGUAAUCGCCAUCGCUUGGUCAUUCUUAUCACUGCGGGUUUAUUCUCGCAAUGGUCUGGCAAUGGGCUGGUCUCGUACUACAUCUCAAAGAUUUUGAAUUCGAUCGGUUAUACCAAGUCUGUUGAACAGAACCUGAUUAACGGCUGCCUUCAGAUCUUGAACUUCAUCGUCGCUCUGUCCAUGUGCUUUGUCGUGGACAAGGUCGGUCGGCGCAAGCUGUUUCUCAUCUCUACGAGCGGUAUGCUGGUUGCCUUUAUUGUAUGGACCAUCUGCUCGGCGCGGUAUGAGAUUGCUCAUAACCACGGGGCGGCCAACGCUGUCGUGGCGAUGAUCUAUAUCUACUAUGUUUUUUACAACGUUGCCUGGUCCGGCCUGCUAGUUGGGUACACGGUCGAGAUUCUGCCCUAUAGUAUCCGAGCUAAGGGCAUGACGGUGAUGUGGUUCUGUAUCGAUGCUGCACUCUUCUUCAACCAGUACAUCAACCCCAUUGCCUUGGACAACCUGGGCUGGAAGUAUUACAUCUUCUACUGUGUCUGGCUCGGGGUCGAGUUGACCGUCGUUUGGUUCUUUUAUAUCGAGACCCGAAAGACGCCGCUUGAGGAAAUUGCCAAACACUUCGAUGGCGACCAAGCAGUGGUGGGUGGAGUAGUCGGAGUCGGUAAAGGAGGCGACGUAUUUCCCCACGCUGAGGAGACUUCAAAGGAAGGCGGAUUCGUCCGAGAGGUGCAUGUCUAA